UCUUUCAGAAUGAAAGAUCCCCGGACUAAGAUUCCCAAGUAUACCUCAGAUGCAUUUGAUAAUGUCGAAUAUCAAUUGCUGAUGACGUAUACCGUGGAAACGGAUCGUCGCAUUAUGAGUUUCUUCGAUGAAUUGUGGGGUAUUGAGGUAACCGGUGGUGUUGAUCAAUUCGAACCGUUGACAAUCAUUAAUGUAACUCCCACGGGUUUGGCUCGCCGGGCUGGUAUGCGUAUUGGUGAUGAGAUUACACAAAUCAAUGAUACACCCGCCUUGGAUUUGACAUUUAAUGAGGCCCUGAAACUUUUCCGCAGCUCUCGGAGAUUUGUGCGAGUCUAUGUUAGAGGUGAUGUCGAUGAUGACGGCCUGGAGGAUUGGACCGUUGAUUUCUGGUUUACACCACGUCGUCCCUGGCGCCGUGAUUUCAAACCCAUUCAAUGGGAAUUCCCCUGGAAUGAUCGUCGCAAACCAAUUUAUCGUGAAUCAAAUUGUUUCAUGGUACCAUCCCGCAUGGAGGAGAAGAUUCGUCAACGCCGUGCUGCCACUUCCAUCAUGAAGAAGAAGGAGGAGGGUACUCCUCACACCAGAUCUUUGACACCUGCACCCCGUCCGAAAAAUCAACCUGGGCCCAAUCUAUUAGAGGGUGUAUUGGGUCCUCGUGGUAUGCCACCACGCAAGUGA